UUAGUUACUGAAAAGAGCUUUACUCAUUAGUCCUGGUCCAUUGAAUGUCUACUUAAUCUUAAUGCAUUGUGCUUUAGGCUAAUUAGAAGGUUUUUUUUUUAAUCUGCUUCUCAAUUCAUAUUGGAUCAGUAUAAGCUUAGGAACGAAAACCAAUUUGUAACCACAUACUUGAUUGCUUGUGAUACAAUUGAAAUAAUGGUAACCCUUUUAACAUAAUUGGAAACAGUCAUUCAAUUGAGUUUUGCUUUUUUUUCUUUUCUAUGCCAGUUAUCUCACAAUCUCAGUUUUCAGGGCCUCCGCCCGAUAUGAGGCCUAACUACAGCAUGAACGGUGCCCCCUAUCUGUCAGUCAUGGCCCUCCUGUCUGGUGAUCGCUGGUCCAUGACUUACAAUAUUUCAAACAUGACUCUUCUUUUUCAAGUGGAAUUUGGUGUUUACUUUUUCCCAUGUGUAUGUGCCUUUGUCUUGAUUCUGAAUGUAUGGGUGUUGGUUGACAUUCAAGUCAGAAACCAUAACAUGUUCUUCCGUGCCCUGGCUCCUGCCCCUCUUUCCCUCCCCACAGCCGCCAAAACUCUUCAGAUCUUCAACAUUGAAAUGAAGAGCAAGAUGAAGGCGCACACCAUGACGGACGACGUCACCUUCUGGAAGUGGAUCUCCCUCAACACAGUGGCACUUGUGACUGACAAUGCCGUCUACCACUGGAGCAUGGAGGGUGAUUCACAGCCUGUCAAAGUGUUUGACCGUCACUCCAGCCUGGCUGGCUGCCAGAUUAUCAACUACCGCACUGACGCCAAGCAGAAAUGGCUCCUGCUCAUUGGUAUCUCAGCCCAGCAAAACCGUGUGGUGGGAGCCAUGCAGCUGUACUCUGUAGACAGGAAGGUUUCUCAGCCCAUUGAGGGUCACGCUGCCAGCUUCGCCCAGUUCAAGAUGGAGGGGAACACUGAGGAGUCCACUCUGUUCUGCUUCGCUGUCAGAGGCCAGGCUGGGGGGAAGUUGCACAUCAUUGAAGUGGGAACCCCACCAACUGGUAACCAGCCAUUUCCAAAGAAGGCAGUGGAUGUGUUUUUCCCUCCAGAGGCCCAGAACGAUUUCCCUGUGGCCAUGCAGAUAAGCUCCAAGCAAGAUGUGGUUUUUCUUAUCACCAAAUACGGCUAUAUACACCUAUACGAUUUGGAGACGGGCACCUGCAUCUACAUGAACCGGAUCAGUGGCGAGACCAUUUUUGUCACUGCCCCACACGAGGCCACCUCAGGAAUCAUCGGGGUCAACAGGAAGGGACAGGUGCUGUCAGUAUGUGUAGAGGAGGAAAACAUCAUCCCCUACAUCACCAAUGUGCUGCAGAAUCCUGAUCUGGCCCUGCGCAUAGCUGUUCGCAACAAUCUGGCUGGCGCUGAAGAGCUCUUUGCGCGCAAGUUCAAUAACCUGUUUGCAGCGGGCAACUACUCUGAGGCUGCCAAGGUGGCUGCCAAUGCACCAAAGGGUAUCCUGCGUACUCCAGACACGAUCCGUCGCUUCCAGAGUGUCCCAGCCCAGCCAGGCCAGACCUCCCCCCUGCUGCAGUACUUUGGCAUCCUGCUGGACCAGGGCCAGCUCAACAAAUUUGAGUCCCUAGAGCUGUGCAGGCCAGUCCUCCAGCAGGGACGCAAGCAGCUUCUGGAGAAGUGGCUGAAGGAGGACAAGUUGGAGUGUUCUGAGGAACUGGGUGACCUGGUGAAGGCGGUGGACCCCACCUUGGCUCUCAGUGUUUACUUGAGAGCCAACGUCCCCAACAAGGUCAUCCAGUGCUUUGCUGAGACAGGCCAGUUCCCCAAGAUUGUCCUGUAUGCCAAAAAGGUGGGCUACACUCCAGACUGGAUCUUCCUGCUUAGGAAUGUGAUGCGGAUCAAUCCGGAGCAGGGCCUGCAGUUUGCCCAGAUGCUGGUCCAGGAUGAGGAGCCACUGGCUGACAUCACGCAGAUCGUGGACGUGUUCAUGGAGUACAACCUGAUCCAGCAGUGCACCUCCUUCCUCCUGGACGCCCUGAAAAACAACAGGCCCUCAGAGGGACCACUGCAGACUCGUCUGUUGGAGAUGAACCUCAUGCAUGCUCCACAGGUUGCUGAUGCUAUUCUGGGAAACCAAAUGUUCACCAACUACGAUCGUGCCCACAUCGCUCAGCUAUGUGAGAAGGCCGGCCUCCUUCAGAGGGCGCUGGAGCACUACACUGACCUGUAUGACAUCAAACGUGCUGUGGUGCACACACACCUGCUCAACCCAGAGUGGCUGGUGAACUUCUUCGGCUCCCUCUCAGUAGAGGACUCUCUGGAGUGCCUCAGGGCCAUGCUGUCAGCCAACAUCCGACAGAACCUGCAGAUCUGUGUCCAGGUUGCCUCUAAGUACCACGAGCAGCUCUCCACACAGUCUCUUACAGAGCUGUUUGAGUCCUUCAAGAGUUUUGAGGGACUGUUUUACUUCCUGGGCUCCAUUGUGAACUUCAGUCAGGACCCCGAGGUUCACUUCAAGUACAUCCAGGCUGCCUGCAAGACAGGCCAGAUCAAAGAGGUGGAGAGGAUCUGCAGAGAGAGCAACUGCUAUGACCCAGAGCGCGUCAAGAACUUCCUCAAGGAGGCCAAACUCACUGACCAGCUGCCGCUGAUUAUCGUCUGUGACCGCUUCGACUUCGUCCACGACUUGGUCCUCUACCUGUACCGCAACAACCUGCAGAAGUACAUUGAGAUCUACGUCCAGAAAGUGAACCCCAGCCGUCUGCCAGUGGUGAUCGGAGGUCUUUUGGAUGUGGAUUGCUCUGAAGAUGUGAUCAAGAGCCUGAUCCUGGUUGUCAGGGGACAGUUUUCUACUGAUGAACUGGUGGCCGAGGUGGAGAAGAGGAACAGAUUGAAGCUGCUGCUGCCCUGGCUGGAGGCGCGUAUUCACGAAGGCUGUGAGGAGCCUGCUACCCACAAUGCCCUGGCUAAGAUCUACAUUGACAGCAACAACAACCCUGAGCGCUUCCUGAGGGAGAACCCGUACUAUGACAGCCGUGUGGUGGGAAAGUACUGUGAGAAGAGAGACCCUCACCUGGCCUGUGUGGCUUACGAGAGAGGACAGUGUGACCAGGAACUCAUCAAUGUCUGCAAUGAGAACUCCCUGUUCAAGAGCCUGUCCCGCUACCUGGUUCGCCGCAAAGAUCCUGAGCUGUGGGCCAGCGUGCUGCUGGAGAGUAACCCCUACAGACGACCACUUAUUGACCAGGUGGUGCAGACAGCAUUGUCAGAGACCCAGGACCCGGAGGAGGUAUCUGUCACAGUUAAGGCCUUCAUGACCGCCGACCUGCCCAAUGAGCUCAUUGAGCUGCUGGAGAAGAUUGUGUUGGACAACUCCGUCUUCAGUGAACACAGAAAUCUGCAGAACUUGCUCAUCCUGACAGCGAUCAAGGCCGAUCGUACCCGUGUGAUGGAGUACAUCAACAGGUUAGACAACUAUGACGCCCCUGACAUUGCCAACAUCGCCAUCAGCAAUGAGCUCUUUGAGGAGGCCUUUGCCAUCUUCAGAAAGUUUGAUGUCAACACCUCUGCUGUGCAGGUGCUGAUUGAGCACAUUAGCAACCUGGACCGGGCCUAUGAAUUUGCAGAGCGUUGCAACGAGCCGGCUGUGUGGAGCCAACUGGCCAAGGCUCAGCUGCAGAAGGGCCUGGUUAAGGAAGCAAUUGACUCCUACAUCAAAGCUGAUGACCCCUCUGCAUACAUGGAGGUGGUGCAGGCCGCUGAUCAGAGUGGUAACUGGGAGGAUUUGGUCAAAUUCCUCCAGAUGGCCCGUAAGAAGGCCCGUGAGUCCUACGUGGAGACAGAGCUGAUCUUUGCCUUAGCCAAGACAAACCGCCUGGCUGAGCUGGAGGAGUUCAUCAACGGACCCAACAAUGCUCACAUUCAACAGGUCGGCGACCGCUGCUAUGACGAAAAAAUGUAUGAGGCGGCCAAGCUGCUGUACAACAACGUCUCCAACUUUGGUCGGCUGGCUUCAACUCUGGUGCACCUCGGGGAGUAUCAGGCUGCUGUGGACGGUGCCCGCAAGGCCAAUAGCACUCGCACCUGGAAGGAGGUUUGCUUUGCCUGCGUGGACGGCAAGGAGUUCAGACUGGCCCAGAUGUGCGGCCUUCACAUUGUGGUCCACGCAGACGAGCUGGAGGAGCUCAUUAACUACUACCAAGACCGUGGUUAUUUUGAGGAGCUGAUCACCAUGCUGGAGGCUGCACUGGGCCUGGAGCGUGCUCACAUGGGCAUGUUCACCGAGCUGGCCAUCCUCUACUCCAAGUUCAAGCCCCAGAAGAUGAGGGAGCAUCUGGAACUCUUCUGGUCCAGAGUCAACAUCCCAAAGGUCCUGCGGGCAGCAGAGCAGGCCCACCUAUGGGCCGAGCUGGUCUUCCUGUACGACAAGUACGAGGAGUUCGACAACGCUAUCAUCACCAUGAUGAACCACCCCACAGACGCCUGGAAGGAGGGACAGUUCAAAGACAUUAUCACCAAGGUGGCCAAUGUGGAGCUGUACUACAAAGCCAUCCAGUUCUAUUUGGAGUUCAAGCCCUUGUUACUGAAUGACUUGCUCAUAGUGCUUUCCCCCCGACUGGACCACUCCCGCGCUGUCAACUUCUUCAGCAAGGUGAAACAGCUGCCUCUGGUCAAGCCCUACCUGCGGUCAGUACAGAACCACAACAACAAAUCAGUCAAUGAAGCACUUAAUAACCUCUUCAUCACAGAGGAGGACUAUCAGGCACUGAGGACAUCGAUAGAUGCCUAUGACAACUUCGACAACAUCUCGUUGGCCCAGCGUCUGGAGAAACACGAGCUGAUUGAGUUCAGAAGAAUCGCCGCCUACCUCUUCAAGGGCAACAACCGCUGGAAACAGAGUGUGGAGCUCUGCAAAAAGGACAAGCUCUACAAGGAUGCCAUGCAGUACGCAUCAGAGUCCAAGGACACAGAGCUGGCAGAGGAGCUGCUGUCCUGGUUCCUGCAGGAGAACAAGAAGGAGUGCUUCGCUGCCUGCCUGUUCACCUGCUACGACCUGUUGCGGCCUGAUGUGGUGCUGGAGACUGCCUGGAGGCACAACAUCAUGGACUUUUCUAUGCCAUACUUCAUCCAGGUCAUGAGGGAGUACCUCAGCAAGGUUGACAAGUUAGAAACCUCAGAGUCCCUAAGGAAAGAGGAGGAGCAGGCGACAGAGACACAACCAAUCGUCUACGGCACACCCCAGUUGAUGCUGACAGCAGGCCCCAGCGUCCCCGUGGCCCCUCAGCAAGCCUAUGGAUACGGAUACCAGGCGCCUGCGGGAUACGCUCAGCCGGCAGCUCAGCCAGGCUUCGGCUACAGCAUGUAAAGCCCACCUCCCCUCCUCCACUUGCAGGCUGGAGCUACCAUCCAUCCAUCUCUCCCACAGUCCUUCACCAGCCCAGUUUUGUCUUUAUACCCUCCACAGAGGGUAGUACCAACAAGCAGUUUGUUUUGUUUUUUCUUUUUUUUUUUUUUUUUUACUUUUUCUUCCUUGAAACUGUCAUGAAGGACUCCAUUUUGUUUCUGUUGUCAAAGAAAAAGUUUGAAUCACAAGGAUUAAUUUUUCACAUUCCGUAUUUACUAGAUUAAUUUUUUUGUCUAUUAUUUGAAUGGGAAAUGGUUUAUGUACAAUGGGGGGGGGGGGGGGGUUGUGGGAAGAGCAAGUCCUCUUCUCAGCUAAAAAAAAAAAAAUAAGAUCUGUCGUGAAGCAUCUGAUUUGCACUCUGUAGUGAGAAGAAAUUAAUGUAGAGCCUCUUCAUUUUGAUGUGUGUGAGCAGCUUCUUCUGUCCAACUGUAAAAUGCAUUUAAUUAUUGUAUAUUCAGAAAAAAAAAUGCUGCAGUGUUCUCCUAUAUUUGAACAACAGACUGCCGCUCCCAUGACCGCAAACCAGAAACACUACGUCACACCAGUAACGUCCCCACACACAGGGCUGUUUCUUAAAGAAACCCAGCAGAGCGUUUUAACACGACUCAGAUUAUUUCCAAAAAACUUUUAUUCUUUCCAGUAAAAACUGUGCAGGAAUCUUCAGUUGGACUGUGUGGAAACAAAUUUGCAUUCAGAUGGCCUUUCCAUGUGCUUUAAAUAUUGCUCGUGUGGGACCAUUCCAUCUCAGGAGGGAUUGCAGACCUGUAUGUAUUUGACUAACCUGCCUGUGCCCCCUCUUUGUGCUGCGAUUUGUGUAUGCCGGAUAUUGUGGAGUUUUAGGUCACUGUUGAGCGUACAGGAGAGAAAUUAAAACCUAAUACCCCUAAUGUCCUGCAAAGGGUUUCCUUUUUCCUUCUCAGUUGACUCACUCUGAUCUAAUUCAGAAAAAAUAUCACAAGGACUGUGGUAAUUUGGAGUUUUUAUCAAAGGCUUGCGUGUAUACAGGAAAUCAAUCAUUAACUCCCUUGACCUUAUAUUCUUAUCUAAAUUACUUUAGAUUGAAGUGUGCACUUAAAAGAUAGUUGAUUGUGCAUAAAGAUCAUAAUGAAUGAAAUGGCGGUUUUGUUUUCCACUUAAAAAUAAAAGCUUCUUGUUUGUCAAGAAAA